AUGGCGGGCCUCAGCCGCAGCAAAAUCUACCUUUUGAGGGGACUGUCUCAGAAGAGCAGAACGGUUUGCAAAAAUUGGACGAAAAUCCUUGCAAGUACGGCUGAAGCACAUGACUGGAGAUGGGAGGAGCUUGGAGAUGGGGCAGCAACCGAGAUAGCACCCAUCAACUUUUCGAGUAGCAUAACAGGCGUCGUUAAAGGAGUGGACAAUACCCGAAACAUUCAACGUUUUCGAACUACUACGGUCCAAAAGAUACCCCUUGCCAUGUUCAUGCUGGCCAAGCUCCCUAAGGAUCAACGGAAUAUGAUCGAUAUUAGUUCCUUAAGGAACGUCAUGGUUGGGGCUAGACCAAUGUCGAUCAUGAUCGAAGGGGAUGUCAUCAAAGCCUUUGGCGUGUAUGUCUCCUGGGCAUGGGGAAUGACGGAGAGCACAUGUGUUGGGACCAUCACGCUGCCAGACACGAGAAACGUCAGCGGCAGUGUCAGAUACCUGAUCGCUAACACAAUGGCGAAGCUAGUGGAUGAGGACGGAAAACGAAGUCCUGGGCGGACCUUGUGA